GUAAGCGCCAUAUGAGGAAAUAUUUCUCCCUUGCCGAGAGCUACUUUGACUUUGACCAGCAGAGGAAGAGGAGAGAGAAGAGCCAGGUAGCUCGUGUUGUCGUCUUCAGGUUAGCUGGCGAAGCUCUGCUAACUACCGGUGCGCCCAUUGUCGGACAAGUCUACUUUUGACACUUCUUUGAUCAUGAAGAGCUCCAAAGAGGCCGUGCAGUCUGCAGCCAAAGAGUUCCUGCAGUUUGUCAACAGAGGAGUGUCUCCAUACCACGUGGUUGAAGAAUGCAAGCGGCGUCUGUUGGCUGCGGGCUUCACCGAGCUGAAGGAGUCAGAGAAGUGGAACAUCGAGCCGUCCAAGAAGUACUUUGUGACCAGGAACUAUUCCAGCCUCAUCGCCUUCGCUGUGGGUGGACAGUACCUUCCAGGAAAUGGCUUCUCCAUGAUCGGAGCCCACACAGACAGCCCCUGCCUUAAGGUGAAGCCGAGGUCUUUGAAGACAAAGCAGGGAUGUCUGCAGGUCGGAGUCGAGUGCUACGGCGGCGGCAUCUGGAACACAUGGUUUGACCGUGACCUUACCAUUGCUGGCCGCGUGAUGGUCAAGAGUGACGGCAGGAUGCUUCAUAAGCUGGUUCAUGUGCCAAGACCUCUGCUCAGGGUCCCUAACCUCGCCAUCCACCUACAGAGGGACGUCAACGACUCCUUCGGCCCAAACAAGGAGAACCACCUCGUGCCCAUUAUCGCCACGGCUGUCCAGGAGGAGCUGGAGACGGGCUCUGUGUCCUGUGGAGACGCCUCCUGUGCAACCAAGACGGCAGAAAAACACCACCCGGUGCUGGUGAAGGUGCUGUGUUCAGAGCUUGGCAUUGCGCCUGAAGCUCUGCUGGACUUUGAGCUGUGUCUGGCUGACACUCAGCCUGGGGCGCUAGGAGGCGUGUACGAAGAGUUCAUUUACUCUCCUCGUUUGGACAACCUCCACAGCUGCUACUGCGCCCUGCAGGGCCUGGUCGAGUCCUGCUCCGGAGACUCUUUGGCCAAAGAUCCCAACAUCCGCAUGAUCACUCUGUACGACAAUGAAGAGGUCGGAUCAGAGAGCGCUCAGGGAGCUCAGUCAAACCUGACGGAGCUCAUCCUCAGCCGCCUCGCCGCCUCCUCCUCCAACCUCACCGCUUUUCAACAGGCAGCGCCGCUCUCCUUCAUGAUCAGCGCUGACAUGGCACACGCUGUGCACCCCAACUACAUGGAGAAGCACGAGGAGAACCACCGACCAGCUUUCCACAAGGGCCCAGUGAUCAAAUUUAACAGUAACCAGCGCUACGCCACCACGGCUGUCACCGCCUCCGUUGUCAGAGAGGUCGCCAGCCAGGUCGGCGUGCCCCUGCAGGAUGUGAUGGUCCGUAACGACAGCCCAUGUGGAACCACUAUCGGACCAAUCCUGGCCGCCCGCCUCGGGAUCCCUGUGAUGGACAUAGGAGCUCCGCAGCUCUCCAUGCACUCGAUCAGAGAGAUGUGCUGCACCUCCAGCGUCCUGCAGAGCACCACACUCUUCAAGGGCUUCUUCGAGUUGUUCCCCACAGUGAGGAGCACACUGGUUGUCGACUAGAGCCGAGGAGAGCCAUAACUGAUGGAAACAAAGGAUGACAUUUUCAUCAAGCAGGUUGCAUUUACACAUGCAGGAUCCAGCACUUACUGAUGCAAAGUGUAUGUCCAUCAGAAAAGGUGGAAAUCUGGUCUUGUGUAUUUGAUGAAGAUGACAAAUCCUUUCCUUAAGACACUUUUUCAGUAUUUCUCCUCUAUACCCUAAUAUGCUGUAAUCAUAUCACCAAUGAAGGUUGUGACUGUUUCUAACGAUCUGAAAUUGUUUAGGAAAUAAUAAAAUGUGUUAAAGUUU